CCUUGCAAGACCAAACAACUGAAGCAGUUAUUCAUCGCUUGCAACGGCUUGGUAGGUCUGAAAAACUUUUAUAACCAAGAGUUCAGGUUAUAUUGUUGAUUUUACACAAAGCAAUGGCGAAUCUCCGGAAUCCCGCGUCAUUCCGCCCGAUAGAUCAACAAGAUCAGGCGUUCGCCAAUGAUUUGAGCGAGAGCUUCACUCUACAUCUUCCUCCGAGCUCCUCCGCACGGCAGCUAGUGGCAGGAAGCAUACCGAUAAACAGCGGGGGAUCUGAAGAGGGACUGGGUGCUAGCAGCUGGGGAGGGUCUGGUGAUGUCGAGGACGUGGUUUGUCCUUCGUGUGGGCAGAGUACGUUGAUGAAGUGUAUGGUUGAUGAAGGACGUGCGAUUCGUAUGUGCGUGGACACAAAUUGCACGUAUCCGUUCAUGGACAAAGAAGGACUUGCAAAUCACAUACUUCCAAUGACGCAGAAAGAAGUUCUCGAGACGGCCCGGAAGCGAAUGGUUGAGGUUGGUAUUGGAGCUAAUACUGCUACCAGGAUUGCAAAUACACCACAGAGGAGUGGUAGUGGUAGUGGUAGUAGUUGAUUACCUGCACUGCAUCACGAGAGCGGUGAGAUGUUGAGAAGUUUGAAAACGAGGACAUUGAUUGGCGGAAUCAUGAGCA